AUGGGUGGUUCUCAGGCGUUCUUAGCUUACAGAUCUGGAGGAGCCGGUUCAGCUACGGUCGUGAAGACAUACAACAUCAGUGGCUAUAACAGUCUCGUCGAAGGUAAACUUGCGUUCGAUUUCUGGGAUCUACGAGCCGAAGCCAUGAGAGGUAAUAGAAUCGCGAUUUUCACGUCGGUGAAAGUUCCGGUCGGAGCCGAUAGUGUGAACCAGGUGUGGCAGAUCGGCGGGAAUGUGACCAACGGUCGUCCCAAUGCGCAUCCUUUUGCUCCGAAUAAUUUGCAAUCUACAGCCGUUCUGAAAUUCACCGGCUCUGAAGCUCCGGGCUCUGCUCCGGGAUCUUCUCCGGAACGCGGGGUCGAUGACGACGGACGUAAAUUUUGGGGUUAA